UUUUCGUAUGUGGUGGUCGUAUUUCGCGUUCAUUAUAAUGCAAACCUUUGUAGAUAUAAUAAAACGAAAAUCCAUUUCAACAACGUAGUCGAAACAGUUUUUAUUUAUUUUUCGUCUUUUAAUUUGUUUUUGCUAAAUCGCCGGUAGCAUAUGUGUUAUAUAAUUUAAAGAAAUAAUGGAUUUAACACGCGCGUUUGGAUAGUCGUUGUAGGAAUCGAUAUUAAGGUGUUAUUAAUGAAAUUACUAAGGUGCUCAGAGUGAUAGAAAUAUUAUUGUGAUUUGUACGAACCUGUUUUCACUCCCGUUACCUCUGUGCAUUUAGUUUGUGGUUGUUGUUUGUACCUAAUACUAUCCAUAGGGAUGAUUAAAAAUGCAUAAUAUUUUCCCCAUGGUUUAGAACACCGUUCAAUAUCUUGCCGGUUAUAUUUCCAUCCCUUAUUUUUGUGCUUAUAACAGUGUAUAUUGUGUAGUGUACAGUGAUAAACUAUUGAUGUCAAUUCACAAUUAUUAUUGUCAUACCUUGCAAAGGAGCCUUGAAGACAAUUUGAAUCGCGAAUGAUUCCAAGGACACGUCCGCCCGCUGCGAGCUCUGUAGUCCUUCUGAGCGUAUUAUGUGAUAUCUGACAUGGCGGCCAUUUUGAAAAUGUUCCGUUUGAGAUUUGGCGGUAUUUUGUCCCGGGUCUACCUCCUGUUGUCACUGACUGUCUAUUCAUCAUAUGGCGGCUGCACAUUUCCAGCAGAGUGGACUGGCAGCUGGUUCCAGUCUGGAAUACCGUCUCUGAUCGCCAUCAACUCGACACACAUACAGAUGAAAGGAGAGUGCUCCGAGACUGAAUCGUUCGACAAGUUUCUACUUUAUGAUAGAGCUUACGACUGCUAUAAGUGCAUGGUGAUUCACGAAAAGCACAAAUACGUUUUGCAGUAUAAAGAAACAUAUUGCAGUCUCAAGAACUCUCUCUCUUCUAUCUGCGAGGAGAUCACUGGAGACGCUCCACUCUACUCCAUGUUCAGGAAGGAACCAAGCCCAGUGCCAGAACCCUGCCCCUUCCACCCGGCACCCUUCACAUUCACAUACAACAGGGGCUCCCAUGACUGCGUUUACCCACCGUCGCGAGCGGAGUCCUGCACAGACGAUUCUCGUCUUCUGCUGCGGUACAUGGCCUGUCCUGAUGUACCGUCCACAGAGAGCAACGUCGAAGAGCUGGUUUGCCUUGCUUCGUGGAAGGAAGGCUCGACCAGAUAUCUGGUUGGACAGAUAUCACAAGUACAAAGGAGGAACUCAAUCGCUUCAGAUGAGGACACGUACAGAUGUUUCAUCUACAAAGCACAGCAUGGCGACAAAAGCAUGUCGUAUAUAAUCGCACAGUCGGGCGACGCGACGUGCAACGGUCUGUCUUCACCCAGCGACGGCAGUAGGACUAUGAAGCUUACUACCACUGAUGAUGAACAUAACCGCUGCCACUUCCCCAGCUGGAUCGUGGAACAUCACAAAUGGUUCAGCCUCGAUCACACACACCAGUAUCAUUUCACAACGAAGAACGCCACACUAAAGAUUAUGAACACAAAUGGCACAUAUGAAGAGAAAAGAUUAGUAUGUCACUCAAUUUUGGAGCAAAAAGAGAAGAAACACAUCAAAUUGGUCGCCCAUGUUACCAGAGGAUGUGAGUCCGGACAUGUUUGCCUUACGUUCCACCGACGGGGCAGUUCCGUGCUUGAGCUGCAGCAGGGCAGACUUUGGGAGACACCACAGGACGCCUGUAGCGACCACCAGAUACCUCCUUACAUCACGCUGAUCACAACUUCAUUGACUCCAACAAGAUGUCCAUUGAUCGGGAGAUAUUCCAUCAUAAACUCUCUUGCCGACAAGAGAAGAAGAAGACAACAGAUCAACAUAGAUGAGAGCGUCAAUGGAGAGGGAACAUCUCUAUGCGCAGUAGGUGGUGAUGUGGGGGAAGAUGAAACAGUGAGCGUAGGCUGUGGAAACGCUCAGGACACCAUCGAGUUUAAAUCCACAUGUACUAGCACUGUGUACACUUGCUACGGCAGCUGGCAGGAAGGAGGUCGUGGGUUCCUGAUCGCGGCGCCUGUAGCGCGCUCUUCCACACAUCCGCGGACAUUCUGCUUCAUGUACACAUCCCGUUCGAAUGAUACAGGCGGCAACAUGUUGGUUUCGCUUAGCGGAGUGGCCGUAUCUUGUGACCGAGGAGCGGUGCCAGGCAGGCACGGAGACAAAGCCUACAAUCUCACCUCCAACGGCACAUGCGAACAAAGCAGUAAAUACAACAGUGUGGCGAAUAAAGUAACGCCGGCGGCCAUUUUGAUUUGUUUCUUCGUCGCCUUUAUCAGAUGAUACAGUGGCGCUAGUGUCGACAACGUUUAUAAUUAAAAAGAUUAUGCUGUGCUGGUUGAAUUCAAACGCUAUACAAUUACUUAAUUUAUUAUUAUGUUAAUUUUAUUGAAUCCUUAAGAUCCGACGAUCGUAAACAUGUUAUACAAAACAAACCUCACAAUUUUGAUAUUUAUACCAGAGUUAAAAAUUACGGCCUUACAAAUAAAGUUGACAUAAAGUUAUACCUGAGAAUAAUAAGAGAAUAUACAAAAUGUUGACUAUAUCGCUGACAACACUGUCAAUACAAUAACAAUUCUGAAGUUUUCCGAAUGUCUUUGCAAAUAAGUGCGGGAAACGUUAUAGGUACGUCCGAAUAAACGAAUAAUAAGCAAAAUGUCUAUUUGUAAACAUUUUGCAUAUUCUCGGCUUAUUCUCAGGCGUAACUUUAUACCAAGUUUAUUUUAAGGCCGAUCACUUAGCCUUUACUACACCUUAUCGGCGGGUUAGUAUACUUUUGGAUAAAUCCUGUGUUGAAAACGUUAACUUACGUUAUGUCUGUCCUAAACACUACUAUAAAUCGUAAUAUCAAACUUUCGCUGCCCGCGAGAAAAUAUGUCUAUUGGGCGGGUGCCCCGUUGCCUGACAGAAGCAUUCAUUAUUUAUUAGUUAAAGUCAAACAAACUUUAUUCAAUUAGGCUUAAACUAAGCGCUUUUUCGUCACUAUUAAUAUUUAUUAAUUCGUUCUCGUUUGUAACGGGAUUAUUUUAGCCAAUUUAAAAUUUAUUUUAUUAAAAACUGCAACCACAAUUUUAAAAUGUCUAGUCUCAAGUAGAAUCCGGCGGGAAAUUUAGUAACAAUAGUAAAAAUACUUUUUGUCUACUUCUUUUCAUUUGUCGGGACAGGCACCAAGUGUUUGACGUUAGAAUUGAUUUAUUUUAAACGGAACUAGUUAAACCUGUAUUUAAGAUAAGAUCGAUAAAGUUUCUACAGAUUGUCAAGAGUAAGAUGAAGUCUUUAAAAAACAAACUACAAAUUAACAAUAUAUCUUUGAUCGCAAACAUUACUAAUUAUAAGUUGUACACAAUUUGCUUAAUAUAUUUUGUAAAUCAGUUACAAGAAAACUACAUUUACGUUUAAUCUAUAACAUCACUGUAAGUAUUAAGAUUUUCAUCUGUUAUUUAAUUUAAUAAGUCCAGCACAAAUAAUCUUUUUAACUCGUCAAAAUUAGGGCACAGCGUUAUGAAUGUGAUAAAGUUGGCAGGACGACAGGUGCUGCCAUCUUUUGGUAGCUUGUUAGGUUAGAAAAUGCUAAUAUCUGAAUAUCGAUUGACCAUAGAGUAUUUAUUCGACAACGAGACAGUUUCAUUUCUUACGUUUUCGAAUACUGUUAAGUUACAGAGUUUCAGUUGACAGCUGUCAGUGUCAUAGUAGAUGACAUUAUUAGUUAAAGAUAUAUUUUGACAUAAGUCUGUCAAGUAUAAGUUGACGCGUGCUUAAAGACUAAUAUGUUGUCUGGACGAAUAUUAGUACCAUAAUAUAUUAUUUUGUAAUUCCAUAAUUACGCUAAAACUUGUAAGCGUUAUCCCUCAAAGAUGUAAAGUUAAGUGCCAACUUGUACUUGACGCGGUGAAAUAAUACUAUAAAAACAAAAAUUAUACCCCGAGUUUCAAUUAAUUUUAAUAUAAAACCAUAAUGGUUGAAUAAAAUAGCGCAUUCUUUUAAUUUUGGACUCAAUAUUUCUUUAUUAUAAAUAUUUUAAAAUCGAUGACGCCCAGCUUCUUCGAAGCCAAUUUGGCUUUGCCCUCCAGAUGGCCACGGAAUUAGCAAUCGCUCGAGAUUUAGAGACCCAGUAUUCCGAUACUAGGCGCGGCUUUAAGAGAAGUGUUCUCGAAGAGCGGUGAUACGACAAAUGGGGUUUUUUUAGUGGUAUACGCGAAAACUUGAGUCUUCUGGGGGUUAAAUUGGACAAGGUUCAAUUUACCCCAUUCCGCGACCUUCUCGAGAGAGGACUCGAUAGAAGACACAAGUUUCUCCCGGCACUGGUCGACGAUUUCCCGAGAGAGACCUGCAUGGCCUUUUGUGUACGGCAUCACCAGUGCUGUCAUCUGCAUAGCAAUGCAUGUUGGAAUAAAUGUAACAUGGAAUGUUUAAAGUGGCUUUUUAAUGGUUUGCGUAAUAGAUAGGUAUUCAAUUAGUCGGCGAAAACUAGUGUAUAUCGCAAGAAUUCUAUGCUGCUCACGAUGAUGUGAUGUGAAUGAUUUUGUUUCCAUUUCGAGCAGGAUUAAUUGUGAAAUAAACUAUGUAGGUUUUGUGUUUACUUUGAGAAAAAGACAAAUGGGGGAUCAAAAUUUAAAAGUCUUCAAUCGUGAACUUCGAUCUUGAGGUUUUUUAUACUUUUUUUGUUAUUGUUCUAUAAUUGCGGCUGUUAUUAUGGCAGCUAUUUACUUUACUUAACUUAGAUAUAUUUAUCAGUGUUUUGAUUUGAAGCUCGCAGUUAUGUUUAAUUGAUAAAUUAUUGUGUGUUUGUGAUUAUGGCAAAAGGUUUACAACACCCGAUAUUUAUCUUGUUUCGCUACUCAAAAACCCUGACCAAUAGUAGUUAAAUAAUUGCUCAUAAUAUUAUGAUAGUUUGGAAAUUUUAUUUGUGAUAUUUAAUACUUUAAGAUAAAAAAUAUUAUGUACAUAGAAUCAAGUUCCUCAUAAUUUUCUAACUUAUGUUUCCUUUCGAAUAGAUAAGAUAAGACACGUCGAUGCUUGCCUAAAACUAUUUCUAAAUAUAUAUCUAACCGGAGAAGACUAUUUGUAAAUAUUUUUAAAUAACAAUUUUGUAGUAUUAACACAAUUUUCUAAUACAGGAUUAUAAUUGAGGAUAAUAAUGCGUAGUUAUAUCAAAUUGAAAAUAUAACGAAACAAAUGUAUUAUGUAUGUAAUGGAAAGUUUAUUUUUAACUUUAAGAUGUUAAAUGCACAACGUAAGUUACUGUACACUAGAAUAAGCGCGGGUACAACGAUCAUGUUAUUUGAGGAAUGUGUCAAAGUUGACAGCACGUCUAUUAUCUAUGACGUUGACGUUGUCACGGUGACAGCUGAGCGCCGGGAGUGUUGCUUUAAUGUUUUGUUAAAUUUAAUAUUGUAUCACAUUGUGAAUAACGCACUUAAGAAUUAAAUUGUAUGUAAAAAUAUAUUGCUGUAUUGGGAUUUGUAAUUCGGCAUGUAAAUAAUUUAAAUUUAAUUUAUCAAUUUCGUUGUGUAAUUUUUGCAGCUUGAUAUCAUUUUAACCGGAAUCUUUUGAGUAUUUCGAACACGCCAUGAGAUACGAUUGUAACUAUUAAUGUAAGCCUAUUAUUAUAUUUUGAUUACUGAAAUAUAUUUGAAAGUCAA